GUUGAAACUAACGGAUACGAGUGCAGAUAUCCUUGACUGCCUUGGCAACAACCUUAGACACCAUCGCGAAUAUUCAAACGUCCAAGUACCAUACCACAUCAAAUAUCAACCGCAGAUAUGCCAUCAUCCACACAACAAUCGCACGCGCGCUCGCACUCGCUGCUUCUCCUGCAGAAACUCCUUAACCUGCGCGACAGCGCUAGCCCCCUAACCCUAGUCCUCGACACGCUGGAGCAGAGCGCAGCGCCCGUAGUUCACGAGUUCCUCAGCAGAGCCAAGAUCUCCAAAAGCAAAACAAUAUACCUAUCCUCCUCGCUCCUACGAAAACCCUCCUGCGCCGACAUCUUCAUCAAAGCCUGGGGCAAGACCCCCGACGCCCUGCGCGCCGAGAUAUCCUCGCACUACUCGUCCGGCAGCGCCGGGCACUUGCACAAAAUCCUCGUCGUGAUCGACGGGCUAAACGGGAUCGCCCGCGCCGCCGGUUCCAGUUCCAACCUGUCCCUGUUCCUCUCCGGCCUGAUCACCCCCGCCGUCUCCCUCGUCGCCGUCUACCACGCCGACGUGCCGCUACCGCCCAACUCCUCCUCCUUCGGCAGCGAGUACGAGCCCCACCCGCUCACGACGCUGUGCCAUCUCGCCACCGCCGUGCUCCGCGUCGCGAGCCUGUACCAGGCGGUCGAGCGCCGGCGCGCGCGGAACCGCAGCUUGCAGGAGCCCGAGUGGGGACUUGCCGAGGGAAGGGAGGGCGUGCUGGUCGGGCUGGGCAGUGCCGAGAAGAGGUCUGCGGCUGGCGAGGGCCUUGUGCUGGAGAUGGAGCUGAGGCGGCGUAGUGGCCGCGCCGUUGCGGAGAAGUUCGUCCUGGUACCACGGUCGGCGGCAGCAGGAGCGCAGGAUAGCAGCAAAGUCCAGACGUCGAGACUAUAUCUUCUCUCCGACCACCCCGCAUUUCGGGAUCCAAGCGAUAUCGACCAAGGGGGUGCGGCGGGCGAAGGAGACGGGGAGAUGGGGACUACGUUUAACCUAGGGUUGACAGAGAAGCAGCGUAGAGAUAGAGAGGGCAUAGUCCUACCGUACUUCGACGCCCAGACGGACAUCGGGGCGGGCGAAGGUGGACGGAUUCUAUACGAGAUGGGGCGGGAAGAUGACUUUGACGACGAGGAAGAUGAAAUAUGACAUCACUUUUUGCAUUUAACUCUUAAGAUGCCACGGCCUUUUCUUUUCCUGGCUUGCUUCGUGAUUUGUUGUCUGUCGUCUAUUGAUACAUCUAGAUGGUGC